GGGGAGAAUCUUGUCGUAGCUUGCAGUAGGGGAAGAUCCCGUCGAACCAUAUUACAACUACAUCAAAAAAGAAAAAGCUGUCCUUGCUGAAAUCUAGUGACUAAUAGCCAGCAGCAGAAGGUACUGAAGUUAUGGGAGCUGCGGGAAAAACAGGAAAAACAGAACAAAGGGAAAAAAGGGAAAAUAGGGGACUAGUGGGACGAAGGCUGCAGGAAAAACUCGAACAGAGCUCGAUUAUUCCGUUUCUUCCGUUUCUUCCAUCCGUUCUGGUUCUUCACCAAUCCUCUUGCUCGUUAUUCAGAAAUACCGUGCCGCCAACGCCGUCAAACAAAGACCCUCUCAUAAAAUCGCUUGAAGGGGAAAGAGUCAAUGGGAGGUUUAUGCCGGAUCAUAGUUUCUUGCUGCACCAGUGAUUUUGCGUUCUCAAAGAAUAAUGGCUCUCAUUCAAGGUUAUCUAUUUCCCCUCCGUAUCAGGCCUUUACUACAGCCUUGUGCGAGAGAAAAAAUCCGUCCGGCCCCUCCCCCAACAAAACCUUCCCUUUUCUCCUGAAAGAAGAGUCAAACGACUUCCCAAAAUUUGCACCAUCAUCAUCGUAUUAUUGUAUUUGAACCUUAUUGCAUGGAGAAAUCCCUCUCUAUAUCAACCGUGAAUGUUUCAACUCUGACAUUGUCAAUAAACUCUCCUGACUGCAUUACACUCCGAGUUCUAUACUCUACAGAAAUUAUAUAGAAUGGCAAUUCUUUACAUCGCUGUAUAUAAACCCCGGCAGACCCUAGGAACAUAUCAUUGGGCUCUGUACCUUGAAGAAGGGGACUCUCACUUGGUGUUUCAAGUUGUCGGAAACCCAGGUCAAUUUCGGUACCAAGAACUCUCCAGCCGCCCAGAAAAUACCGAUCGUCAUGUUGAGAAUAUCUUUGUGGCAGAUAUCAACGAUAUCGAAGGCUAUCGUGCGGUAGUUAAUUCCCAGGCAGUUGAUAAUGAAACCUACCAUUGGGGCUGCCAGCAGUGGGUCUUCGAUGUUUUGGAAUCUUUACUCGAUGACAGUAUCAUUACGGACUAUAUCAUGGUGAGGCUAAACACAAACUGGAGAUGAUCUUUCAAGUUGAGAUCGAAGGUGAUGAGUGAUGAGUUUUCGAAAAGGUUUUCGAUCUACGGUUUGAUAAAUUGGUCCGACAACAGCUUUGGAAAGAUGUGGUUAAGUGCCAAGGUAGUCCAAUAGCAAGUUUUGCAUAGUUACAAAAAGGUCUAUCUAUGACACGAGUUUCUCAACGAAUUGAUCAAUAGCAAACUCAGCAAAGUACAUCCCCAUGCCCUUAUGUGGAAGAAAGAAGACCCAAUCGCCCCUGCGUACAGGUAGCAUUGUAUUAAGAGACUUUAGAAACUCCCAAUACUCCGGGUAAACUCCGCCUAGCUCCCAGUCAACAAGCCCGGUCACUCGAACGGAUUGAUCUCGCUCCUUGCUAACCAUUAUAUUCCGUGGAUGCAAGUCACCAUGUGUCAUGACAAUUCGGUGAUCAUUGCGUAGCAUAGAGUGCACAAACUCAACAUAGGCUCUCAUUGUAGGUGGGUGGUUACCUGAGAUGAGGAAUUCGUUGAACUGAGCUUCGUUCUCAAUCUGUUGUGGACUUACCCGCUUCCACAUUCUGCAGUCAAUGCAGUAAGGUGGAUUACCACCACCAAGGCAAUGAGAAGAUAGAGGGAGCAUCCUAAGUUUCUCUAGGAUAACAUCUAACUGAUCUCGGAUAGAAAAUUUUUCUUCCGUAGAGAGGGAAGACCAGAGCUUAUCCAAAGAUGAGCCUUCAAUAAAAGUCAUGAACAUGUAGGUUGUCUUGCCGAUAGAAAUUGCUCCUAGGGGAUGAGGAACUGGAAUAUCCUUCGAGAGACUCUGAAUAUAGGCUGUAAUAUCGGCGUCCGUUAGAAGCAAAUUAUGCCCAAGCUUGACAACAAUCCGUGCAUCAAGUUGUAUGACGGCCCGUGAAAAAUGGCCCCAAAGCACCUUUCCAUUUUGCAAAGCGCGCGAGAGAGCCAAACGAACUGCGAGUUGAUCGUCAUGGUUGCUGCUGGAUAAGCAAUCCUGCUCACAACCAUAUUUCCGCAAAAGCGUAUUGACUUCAGGCGCAAGGGGCCGAAGAAUGACCGGAAUCUCUGCUGGGAUUAAGAAAGCCUCUUGAAUUUGGCGUGUAUUUGGAGUGUUGCUGCCACGACCUAUACAGCAAGAUUAGCAUUGUUUCCUCCUACGUAUGAAAUACCUAGGUCCUUACGUACAGCUUUGGCUCUUCCUACCACAUACCUCCUCCAGUUUGCGACGGUCUGAUGGGUACUUCCGACCCCAUCUUAUAAAGAAUUUACUGAGAUCGGCUGAUCGAUUCCAGUUUAACUUGGUACGUAGUUCAGUCGUUGCCGACUCAUUCAGUGCAAUGAAGCCUGAAAGAGCAUCUCCAUCUUCGUCGCACCCCCCUUUUCGUGCAGCAUCAUCCAGCUCGGUAGAACAGAGGGGCGUAAGGGAUGACGUUGGAGGAGAUUGAUUCCUUCCGAAAAAGUAAAUAACGGGUAAAGUGAGGACGAGUGCGGUGCUGGCGCCGAGAAAAAAGCUCAGGCAAGUGUCCGGUCUAAUGAAAUUGCUAGACAUUGCUUCAGAAGCUCCUAUUUGGCUGGCGGUGCGGUUUAGAAGGACAUGUUUCUCGUGCGGCUCUGACAGCUUCAAGUAAUAUCCACGCUCCGUCUUUCUUCCAGAGAUCCUUGCCAAGCCUGUAUGGCGGCUUCCGUCACCUGACUCAUAAAUUCCUGAUCCGCUGUUACAAGGAAUGUUUCUCCGCGAUGGUUCUACCAGCAGCAGGGCUAUACGAUUCGAGGCGAGCUACCUCAAGACUUUCAUGUCCAUUUCAGUAUUCGAUACAGUCUAUCUAAAGUAGCCUGGUGAAGCCAAGCAAGUCAAUUUAGACAGAUAGGGUUACUAAAUAGAGUUUAAUAUCACGUGGACAAGCUAACAAGUAAUCACCCUUGUAUUACACCUUCGUGUAAUCAGAAACUUAACGCAUUGGUGCCUAAUUUGUUGAUUAUUAUUAUUAUUAUUAUUCUUCAAUUAUAGAUGUAUGCAGUUAGAGACUAUGACAUCUA